GUUGGAGGAGCGAAGCGGCAUUCCACAAUCAGAUCCAUCCGUACAAUUGCUGAAGCCAGUUAUUCGGCCUACAGAAAUUCCAGAUAAUACAAUGCAAGUCGACUUUGAUGAGAGUGAAAGUUCUGACAAUUGUUUAAAUGUGGAGUCAACCCCAAUUGAGUCCAUGGGCAUUGUGUCUCGUUCAUUUGGAAUGGCUGCUCAAUCUGCUCCUAUCAUUGUCACCUCGUCUGAGCAUGGGACUACCAGCGUAGAACUAGUUCCAAGUAAUACUUCCGUAUCCUCCAUUAUUCACAAUCGACCCGUUCUUGGUAGUUCACUGCGAGAAAACACCGCGACCACACCAGGUGGUAAACCUGCAGAACCAUCUAAGCGUGUUCUCAAGAAACGGCAGAGACGUGAGAUCCGCCAACAAAUGGCAAAAUUGGCCAACAGUAACUCUGAAAAUUCUGAUUCUGAUUCUGAUGGUAGCAUGCUUGAAGAUACAGACGACAACAAGGAGUCUAUUAGCACUGCUUGUCAAAAAGCCUUGUGGUCAUCGAAUGUCGUUUCUGGCGAGUCUUUUAAUCAGACUUUAUCUACUAAUACAGUCAAGUCAAUAGAUGAAAAGCCGUCACAUUCGGUAUCGACUCUUAAAAAGACUUUGUCGAUUCCCGGCCCCAAAGCAAUUUUUGUUCCAGUUGAUAGAUCAGAAGAAAUCCAACUUGCACGACUUUCUCUUCCUGUGACUGGAGAAGAACAACUCAUCAUGGAAACCAUUCUAGCCAACGACAUUACAAUCCUAUGUGGCGAAACAGGCUCGGGAAAAACUACCCAAGUACCACAGUUUUUGUACGAAGCUGGAUUUGGUGACAAGUCUCAUCCUCUUUAUCCUGGCAUGAUUGGCAUCACUCAACCUCGUCGUGUUGCUGCAGUCAGUAUGGCUAACCGUGUUGCAUUUGAAAUGAAUCUACACAAGGGCGAAGUGGCCUAUCAGAUUCGAUACGAUCGAGGUUUGACGGGAAAAAAUACUCGAAUCAAGUUCAUGACUGAUGGUGUGCUUUUACGAGAGCUUAGAUCUGAUAUUUUACUUUCUGAUUAUUCGUGUAUCGUCAUUGACGAAGCACAUGAGCGUACCGUGGGUACUGAUGUACUGAUUGGAUGGCUUACUCGAGUGGUUCGACUGCGAAAUUCGGGUAAAAUUCAAAAUAUCAAGCCUCUACGAGUUGUCAUUAUGAGUGCUACACUGCGUGUUCAAGACUUUACAGACAACAAAGCAUUGUUUCCAGAUGGCAAUCCACCUCCGGUAAUUAAAGUAGAAGGCCGUCAACAUAAAGUUGUGGUACAUUACAACAAAAUCACACCCGAGAUUGAUUAUGUCAGCGAGGCAUUUAAAAAAGUAUCCAAGAUUCACAAAAAACUGCCACCUGGCGCUAUUCUAGUGUUUGUGACUGGACAGCAGGAAGUGCAGGAUGAAAGUGAGGCCGACAAAGCAUUCGUACCAUCUGUAGAUUUGGCACCAGUUCAUGUUCUUCCUCUUUAUUCCAUGCUCCCUACCAAGGCACAGCUGCAGAUUUUUGAUCCACCUCCAGAAGGAGCUCGUUUGAUUGUUGUUGCCACCAAUGUUGCAGAAACCUCAAUCACCAUUCCAGGUGUUAAAUAUGUUGUUGAUUGUGGCAAAGUUAAAGAGCGACAAUACGAUGCAUAUACUGGUGUGCAAACUUUCCAAGUAUCAUGGACUUCCAAGGCAUCUGCUGAUCAGCGCGCUGGUCGAGCUGGUCGUAUGGGUGCGGGACAUUGCUAUCGAUUGUUUUCAUCUGCAGUGUAUAACAAUUAUUUUGAAAAAUUUGCUACACCAGAGAUCAUGCGAGUUCCCAUUGAAGAUGUUGUAAUGCAGAUGAAAGCCAUGGGAAUCAAUCAAAUUUCCAACUUUCCUUUUCCCUCACCACCCAAUUGUGACAAUCUAAAUUCAGCCGAGCGACUUUUAAAAUAUCUUGGCGCACUUGAUCUUUCAGCUGCAAUCACUAGCAUAGGCAGACUAAUGUCUAAAUUUCCAGUGUCGCCACGGUUUGCAAAAAUGCUUGUUGUAGCAGCAAAACAAUCACAGCCAGUACUGCCCUACAUUGUUGCUGUUAUUUCUGGGCUAUCUGUAGGUGAUCC